AUCUAGCUAUCUCUCUAUCUCUCUCUCUCCACGCCCAUGUGACGCAAUGCGUCCUGGAUCGGAGGAAUCGAAUGUCGCCGCUCUGCCAUGUUUCUUUCAGGUGCCAAAACAACAGGCGCCGCAGCCGGCGGCCAACAGAGGUGUUGCAGUACCAGCAGGGAAGCUCAAGGCCGCCACCGCCGGUGUCGGCUGCCCUGGUGCGGUAGGAAACAUGCAUGUGCUCGGGGACAUUGGCAACGUCGUCCACGCCACGGCCAGGUCCUCGACGGGUAAGAAAAUCAACGCAAGGAUCGAAUGCCCAUCCUGUUUUUCUUUCUUCCAUUCUUUGUCCAUUCUUCGUCCUGAACUGAAUCUCGUCUUGUUCGCUGCAACGGCAAGAUCCAGCUACCGGCCCGGCAUGGAUCAAUCGUCCAAUCAUCAGGAGGUUCAGCGCUCAACUCUUGAAGAAGGCCCAGGCCGAUCCAUCCAAGAAUGGCGUAGAACUGAUUCUAAAUUCCUCCAGCAGCGCGGGCAACCCUGAAGCCCCAUUCGCUGUUACUCGCAGGUUGAUUGGCACUGGCCGCACUCCAACACUGAUGGUGAAGAAUGCAGUUUUUUCUUUUCUUUUUGUACACAAAUGAGGCAAUACAGUUGGCAUCGAUGGCUGCUACUCGCUGGUCUCUCCUUUAGCACAGGUUACCAUCGCCGUCCGCCGCUUCGAUGCUCGGCUGCUGCCCCAUGGACGCAUUCACCACACCCCUACAGCCGACUCUCCUGCCCUUCACUCUGUGGCUAUCCUUCAGGGAAAUUAAUUAUAUGCAUUUUCUAUUCUGUUGCCUGAUGCCCACUACUAUUGUUUGCGGGGAUAGUACAGCCUAGCCUAGGUGCAAUGGCAAUAAAGCUUAUGAACUCAUUUUUAACAUGUACGUGAGCAGUGACUUGCUGGUGUGAAACAGGUAUGUGCCUUGCUUAUAAAUAUAGCCUUGCAUGAUUUUCUCUUUACCUGAUGGACUGAGGAGGAGGUCAGAGAUGUAUAACAACCAUCUUGAUCCAAAUGACAAGUAUGACAGGGCUAACCUACUUACCUAGAAUUUUACCACAUCCUAAGACUUCAAAAUCUGUACAAUAGGAAUGGCUAGCUGUUUUCUUGUCUAUAACUCCCACAUGUAACAACUUCUCUCACCAUGUCUACAUGUAGUGUUCAGGUAUGAUUCUUGCAUACUGUCGACAAGGGCGCGAUGUAUUUUCUGAACUGUUUUUUUUUUUUUGCACAAUGGUUGAGCUCGAUUUCAACUUCUACCGAGUAGUUGAUAGUCAAGCCUGAUGCAGAUAUUUGAGCAAAAAAAAGCCUGAUGCAGAUAUUUGAGAAAAAAGCCUGGCGCAGAUAUAUGGAGGUUAUGCAGUUCCAUUAGCUCUAGAGUUGUCCUCUAUACUGAUGAGGCCUACAUUUUUGCUCAUUCAGGUUGGAGGGAAACAUGAACUCUGGCAAUCCAAAAUAGCAAAUAUAAAAUAACUGAAGCUCAUGCGAUGUAUUUCUAUAACAACAAGGAACAAGUUUGUUUUUUACAUCCGACCUCGGCCAAGCAAUUUAAGCUUAUAUGGGUGCUUUUUAUUCUUCAGAGGUGCAUGUAUUGAGAGCGCCCAUGAUUUAGGGCAAAAAAGCUAGACAAAGUAACAAACUUUGUACAAAUUGUACUUGAAGCCUAUGAUAUCCCGUUGAUGGACGCUGAUUGUGGUUAUCCUACUUCAACAACGUGCUUGCCCCUUAGGAGUGACAAAGUACAGCAUGCCGCUUUUUUUAGGAAACCCCUUCAACUUAUGCAUGCAGUAUGUUGUGAAGAACUAUGGCAGAGCCUUGUUUGUAUCCAUGUCUAAUGUAUUUUCAUACUGAAUCAAGUAAUAUACACUUGCCCCCACA